UCUUAAAUCGGUGAGUCAACAUCUUACCUCCCCUCCUUCCACUUCGCACCUUCCAUGAUGUCUACAAAUUUUAAUUAGACUACGAACGGGCGCAUACGUGCGCUUCGUUAUGAAUGCAAAUUCCCAUCCCUGACCCCUUCCCUUCAACCAAGCAUGGUGUCUCUUCACGCACCGUACUAACUUCAUGCGCCAGGUCUUUAGCGCGAAAGGAUCGUGGACAUGGACCUGGACGCAGGUGGUACUUCUCCAAGGGCUUUUCCCUAAAGGUAAGUAUCUCGGGCAUCGCAUUCGCCUCCCCUCCAUUAUCCUGUAUACUAUUCCUUGCUAUGAUGCCCAAUUUAACCAGACUGCGAACGAGCGUACAUUGUGCGACUCGUGCUGAGUUGAACCUUCACUAUAUUUCUGAGCCUGAUCGCCUCUCUAUGGUUCCGCUCCCAUCCGAGCGAAGCUAAUGCGGUAUGCGCAGAAGCCCUGAAUAGCAAACUACGGAGGUGCGUGCUUUGCUUUUGGGAGCGGUCGGCGAUGUUGGGUCGUUCGUGUUGGCGCUGAAUCGAGCAGUUAUGGUCGAUGAGGAUGCGCUCAUACGCCUUCGAUCUUCAGUUAG